AUGACGGUGGUCGUCGGCGACGGAGCGAUUAGCGAUUGGUGGUUGUUGACGGUAACAGCUGCUCUUUAUGAAAGGCUUUAUAUUCCGGUGGUUGAAGCAUCAGCUACACCUGUGGUUGGAAUGCAAUUUAAUUCUAUCGAACAAGCAUACGUGUUUUACCAAACAUAUGCUAAGUUAGCUGGUUUUUCUUCCCGCAAAGGUGGUGAAACCCACAGUGGUGGUAUAAUCAAAACUAAAUAUUUUGUGUGCUCUAAAGAGGGACAUAAGCCAUUGGUUAUUGACGAUGCUUAUUCGAAAUAUUCAUAUGCUACCAGCUUACAGGCAAUUGUCAGAAGUCCAAAGGAAAUGAUAUGGGAACUAGGUACUCUAAACCUUGGCCCGGUCAAAGCUUUUCAUAUAAUGAGAAAACGAUAUGGUGGUUUCGAGAAAGUUGGCGCCAUGGUCGAUGCUCAAAUUAAUAGCUAUAUAGGAGAAUAUGAUGCAGACAUGGUGAUCAAUAGGCUGACUGAUAAAAAAGAAUAUUUAGUUGAUUUUUCUUUUGAAUAUUCAGUUGGUGAGGACAAGCGGUUAACUGGUUUGUUCUGGGCCGAUGGGUUAUGCAAGCGUAACUUCAUGGAGUUCAGGGAUGUAAUAUCGUUUGAUGCUACUUUCAAAACAAACAAGUAUAAGAUGGUGUUUGUACCUUUUACUGGGAUAGACAACCACUGUGGAAAUGUAACCCUUGGAGCUAGGUUGUUGGCAUCAGAGAGCAUUGAGUCUUAUAAAUGGCUUCUCAAUUCCUUUGUAAAUUCAUUUGGACGUCAGCCAAAGUUUGUAGUGACAUACCAGGACCCUGCGAUGAAACAGGCUAUCGAGGGUUCCAUUGAGCCAGAAAUAUUUGAGAGAGAGUGGAAGUUGGUAAUGAUUGAGUUCGGUCUUACCGAAAAUAAAUGGAUUGAUGAUAUGUUUGUGAUGAGAUCCAUGUGGAUUCAGGCUUUUUAUCGGCAUGAGCCAAUGUCUGGACUUAUGCGAACAACUUCAAGAUCAGAGAAGCUUUUGAAUCAUUUUGACGGUUCAAUGGAUGUCCAAAGGUUCAAUCAUAGAAAGAAUGAUCAUAUAUCAAGAUAUACUGAGCCUGACGAUUGGAGCAAAACCACUCUGGAAGCAGAUGCUGCUAAAGUCUACACCAGGUCUAUAUUCUUCGAUAAACAGACAGAGAUAUAUGGAACUAUUAGUGAAUGUCUGCCGAUGGAUACCAAAAUCGAUGGUGACCAAUUAAGGAUAUCGUUUAAAGACUUUAAAGCUCAUGGAGAAGGUUUUUUGGAGGUGUGUUUCAAGAAACUUGAAAACGGCGAAAACCGGACAAAGACUUCAGAGACCGGCGUCCCAGGAGCUAUUCACGCUGGUCCCCGCGUGAAUUUGGGGAAAACUUUAGUUAAGAACCCAUUUCGAAUACCUAGUUACACAAACUCCAUUAUGGACUUCCAUAGGCGAUUUAGAGAUAUUUUUGAAGGUUCCAUUUGA